CAGUGAGCCUUGACAACAGCCGUGGAAAGGAAAACAACUUUCUGAAGCUGAGAUUUGGCACAACUGCAUGAACUGUAGCUCGAGAAUAAAACGGUCAUUUUGUCUCGUUUCCUCUGUAAUUUGUUGGGAAGUAAGCGGAAUUUGUUGAAACGAAGAGAGCCAUGGAGGCAGAAGGUCUUCAUCUUAGUGUUGACUACGUUGGGUCUUGUGGAAUUCUACUGAGUCCUGAACAUAAAGCAUCGCUUCAAAACUCGCUUGUGAUUCUUCAAAAUCAUUACAAAUUCAACCGGGUAUUUUUCUGGGGGAAAAUUUUAGGCAUCAAAGGAGACUACUUCAUUGCGCAGGGGACUGGGAAUGAUGAGUUAGCUGAUAGAAAAACACUGUACAGCCUGGACUGUGUAACAUGGGGUCUCCUGCCACAGGCAACCCAAGCCAUCAGAGAGCAGUGCUCUGUGGUGAAAGGACGAUUCAUUGGUGAUCCAUCCCAUGAGUAUGAGCAUGUGGAGAUCAAGAGAAUUGGUGAGGGGGAAGACGCAACUGAAGAAGAAAAUACAAUCAUGAUUAAAGAAGAGGAUCGUCUUGCCUCUGUCAUUGCACACAUUGAUGAGGAGGUUGCUGUGGUACCCAGGGGAGCCUAUGUCAAGACACCACAUGGCACUGUGCUCAAAAACCGCAGCUUUGAAGGCUUGUCUGUGACCGAGUCCGGCAAGUUACACAACUACUUCCACUUCCGUGACCCCGUCCGUCUGAACGAGAAGACCUUACUGGAGAAGGCCGACCUGGAUAAAUCCAUUGACUUCUUGGACCCCAUCCAUGAAGACAUACCGAGAGGGUCCUGGAGUUUGAAGUUCGAGCGAGGCAGUGGACUGGUGUGCAUCCAGAGUGCCCUGUGGCCCGGCUUGGCAUUCUACCACGUCCCUCACACCCAGAAGUUUGGCUACGCCUACUUUGGCACCGGAGAGAAGAACAAAGAUUUGCCAUUCAUGUUGUGAGAAGGCUCAGUUUCGUGUAAAUGAUGUACAGAUUUCUUAGGUUUGUUUUUAACACUCUGCUUGAAAGGUUCUGAGGAAAAAUUGUUGAAUAAUAGUUCACUGUUGGAAAUGGACUGGUCCCUCUGGGUAUAUUGUGGUCAUAAGCAACAUUUUAAAACUGUUACAAGACUUGUUUUCACAGCCCAUUUAACUCUUCAGGAUUAUUUAGAUAUAUGGUGUGUCGAGGCACUUUUUGUUCAUGAAUGUAUUGUAAAAUAUGCACUUGCAAUACUUAAGGGUUGAAAACAGACAUGUCAAAUUUUAAGUGCCAUUUGUAUUUAACUGAAUCCUCUGACCUUGAGAACGUAUAUGAAUAUUUUCAAUUCUUAAGUUGCUUAAUUUGAUCCUUCUAUUGAAGAGCAUGUUGAACGAUAAGAAGUUAGCAAGUGGAAUUGAAUGUUAUUAUAUUUAAUCUGAAUUGACAUUUUAAAAUUGUUAUACAUUAUGUGCACUUCCAUUUUUCAAACAGUUUUGGCUUAACUGUUACAUUACAUAGACUAAUCCCAAAACAACUUCAUCUCUAGUUCAUGAAAUAAUUGGGUUUAAUUCCUGGAAUAGCGCUGAUGGCACUCAUCACAAAUAUCUACACGUACAUGUAUGAUGUGAAUAAAGUAGCAAAACUUAAGUGGACUCAAAAUUCAUAAGAUGGAAGAUUGCUUAAAUGAAUUAAAAUCCAUUUCAAGGUCCACGUCUGUUGGCAGACUUGUCAUUUUGACAACUGCUACAUCUGUAUAGCUGAAUGUCCAUGUUCAUGUGUGUUUGCCUUAAUAAAAACCAAUAUUUAUCAGACAAGCAGUGUCGCAUGUAA